AUGGGAAUAAGGAAUUACAGUGAUCCAGAAAAGAGGAAUCUCCUAAUGGAGCAGAAAGAAGAUAAAAAGAGAAGACAAUACUCUGGUUCUAGAAGUAAGACUGAUCGUGUGAGUCUAGAUGUAGUAACCAGUUGGAAGGACUCCCAAAAUCUGGAACCAGCUGGCCGCAAGCAACAAAUUUACGAUAGCCAAACCCCAAUCACCAAGCCGCCUGCCAAGCGAGAAAGUUUGACCAGCACCAUCUUAAGAGAGAGGCCUUUGUUCAGCAGUGUACGUAUUGUCGCUGAUGAUGAUGAUUAUAAAGAAGAUAUAAAUGAUGGUGAUGCUAACGGUGCGUUCAAUUUCAGAGGUCCUGUGAGUCAAGCAGUUCAGAGCAACCCCUACCAGAGUGAGAAGAAGGAAAGUUGGUGGUUUUGGAAUAACAAAGAAGACAAAGAAAUAGAAAAAGAAAAACCGAAGAAGUCAGCAUCAAACGACGAGACCUGCUCUUGUGUCUCAUGCGCGCUUAGAAAGAUCGUCAGUUCAGAAUACGCUUGCAUCGGGUGCCUCGUUGUCCUCUUCUUAAUAUCCGUCAUCGUUGCUUAUUUCAUCGUCUGCAAGAGUGUCCCAGGCAUGGUCAGUGAUGACUGUAAGGAUAAGGGUGUAUCCACCACUCUGCCACCCAUCACUGAUUGUAACGCCGCUGACAGUGAGCGUUUGAAGCGAAAGAUUGAAAUGCUUAACGGGAACCGCUUGAAGAAUGAAUAUCCUGGCUUAAAUGAAUAUGGAAAGGAUAUACAGUCCGGAGCUGACCAGGCCCAAUUGAUGGCGCCCGUUCACGAACAUGACACGUACAUCAGCAUCGCCCAACUCAACCAUAAUAUAGGGAAUUAA